AUGUCAGAUCCCGAAGAAGAAGUGCCCGUGGAGGAAGUGCCGGAAGAGGAAGUCGGUGAGGAAGAAGUUGAGGAGGGAGAAGCUGAGGAGGCAGAAGUUGAGGAGGGAGAAGCUGAGGUGGAGCAAGCCGAGGGAGAGGAAGUCGAAGGAGAGGAGGAAGUUAGCGGCGAUGUCGAGGCAGAGACGGCUGACGCGGCAGAGGCUGUGCCUGGCGGCCCUGACAUCGGGCUCGGCUACGUUGAGGCUCCGGACACUGGGGAAGUUGCGGAAAUCAUUCUCGUUACGACUUCCCUCGGAAGCAUUCGAAGACAGUUCUUCUCCAGUCAGAGACUCAAGAAUUUCCUCGAUUGCAAGGGCGUCGUUUACAUCAUUAUCGACUCGAACAGAGACACGAGCAGUGCAAAAAAGGACUUGCCGGUGCAAAUGGUGAAGGAGAGCGAGUCUUCUGUGCCGCUCGGUUUUUUCGCAGAUUUGAAGGACAUCGAACUUUUCAAGGAGUGGAAGGCGAACCGCAUUCUAAAGGUGACGGAAGAGACGGAGUUCAAUCCAGAACCAGAAAUCAUUAUUCCGCAGGUGCUCGUCGAUGGCGUUUUUGUCGGGGAUGAGACUGUUUUGCAGGACUUCGAAGAAGAUGGAGAUCUAGAUUGGAUUUUCUCGCGCGCGGCGUGCCCGGCGUGUCUCCACGAGAAGCCCCCUGACGCGCCGUCGUGUCCGUCGUGCGGCGUCACGUAUCGAGCUCUGAUUCCUGCGCAGUACGUCGCCGAGGGCCAGGUGAUUCAGAUGCUCCAAGGCUGUCCGUACAACGGCGAAGAAGCUGCCGCAGAAGAGCGCGACGCCAAGGAGAGAUGGGCAGCGUCGCCGUCGUUCGAGGGCGACGUGGAUCUCGGCACGUUCGAGGAAGGCGAAGAGGCGGAGGAAGGAGACGAAGGAGAGGAAGGGGAGGAAGCGGAAUUGUAG